AUGGCACGUCGCAAGGACUCAAGCGGGCAAAAUGUCAUCGUUCUUGCUGGCGCGGGGCGUUCGGCAGCGACUUUCACCGGGACUUCGACUAUCUGUGGGCGGCGGGUGAGAACGCGGGAUCUGACGGCGCCCGGCUCUGCAGAGCCUCUGCGUCUCGGACAGCGGGUCGGGGCGCCUCGCGGAGCGAGUGCAAGAACGGGUCCUUGUUUGGGCUUCGAUCUGCACGAUCUUAAGCUGCGUGGCGGGCGGCUCCCCUGGCACCAGUGUGUUGAUAGUGUGGAGUUCUGUCUUGCGUUGAUAUGCUCUGGAGGAGCGACGCACGACGAGGUCGACUUCGAGUUCCUCGGCAAUGUUAGCGGAGAGCCUUACAUUCUUCACACCAAUAUAUUCAGCCAUGGGAAGGGAGGCAAGGAGCAGCAGUUCUACUUGUGGUUUGAUCCCACACAGGAUUUUCACACCUAUUCCAUACUGUGGAAUCCAUUAAACAUCAUCCUAUUCGUCGACGACACUCCAAUUCGAGUGUUCAAGAACUACGAGGCGUACGGCGUGCCGUUCCCGAAGAACCAGCCGGUGAGGGCCUUCGCGAGCAUCUGGGACGCCGACGACUGGGCGACGCAGGGUGGGCGGAUCAAGACGGACUGGUCGAAGGCUCCCUUCGUGGCGUCGUACAGAAACUUCAGGGCGAACGCGUGCAUAUGGACGGGAGAUUACCCGGCGUGCGGCGACACGAAAUGGAUGCAGCAGGAGCUGGACUGGUGGAGCUGGAUGACACUAAGUUGGGUCCGGAUGAACUACCUGCUCUACGACUACUGCACGGACACAAAGCGGUUCGGGUACGGAUUCCCGCCCGAGUGCGCUCUGCCCAAUUAGAGAUCGAUGAACUUUGAUUGGAAAUAUUCUAUUUAUUCUUUUGUAGUAAAUUAAUUGCUGCUUUAACUUUUAAGUAGAAGCUUGAGAAACAUUUAAUCACUAAUUUUUGUAAAUUAAUUGCUGUUUUAUUUUUAAUCAGUGAAAAAAAAUGGAACACAAGAUAAGAAAACUUUUAU